AUGGCAACUACCCAGCCUCACGAGAGCGCUGGCGACACCACCCAACGGCAACAAGCAGCCUUGAAGACAUCCGCGGCCAAUGUCAGCGCCAAACCUUCAGAGCUUGGACCAUACGAGGCCAAGGACGAUGCGUACUUUACGUACUAUGCGCUCUUGUCGCAUCAGGCGCAGAUGCUGCAGGACUCUGUGAGGACGAGCAUCUAUCAUAGGGCAAUCCUGGCCAAUGCUCAGGACUGCUUCAAGGACAAGUUGGUGAUUGAUGUGGGCGCUGGGAACGGAAUUUUGAGCUUGUUUGCUGCGCAAGCGGGCGCAAGGAGGGUGUUUGCGAUAGAAGCGAGCGGGAUGGUGGAGCAUCUUCAGAACCUCGUCGAUGCGAGUCAGCUACCUUCAAGCACGAGCACGAGCGCUGCGAAGGGCAAGGCGGCUCAGCAUAGCAGACAGCGGAAUGCUUGGAUUGAUGGGAGGAUACAGGCAGUGCACUCCAAGGUGGAGGACGUCACGCCCGAGACUCUGGGCGGCGCCAAGCAGGUCGACACCAUUGUCUCAGAGUGUCUCGGUGUGCUGUUGCUGCACGAGCGGAUGUGCGAGACUUUCAUAGAUGCCCGCGAUCGAUUCCUCAAGCCGGGAGGCACCAUGCUGCCCUCUGGCGGAACAAUCUCCUUAGCCUUGCUGGAAGAUCGGAAUCUUUGGGACGACACUGCGAACAAGGCGCGAUGGUGGGAGACCGAAAACUUCUAUGGUGUCGACCUGUCACCUUUUGCAGACGCAGCUUGGAGGCAAGCCUUCGAGAGCCCCGUCGUCGGCUGUUUCCCUUCCAAGUUCGUGAUCAGCCCAUCCUCGGACUACUUUGUCGAUUUCAACAGCGUCAAGAAGGAGGAACUUGAGCGUUUUGACAUUCAGAUCCAUUUCGCGGAUGUCAAGCAGACUUCGGUGGUGCAUGGUCUAGCUGGGUGGUUCGACCUGCACUUCUUGCCUCCAACCGUACCGCUAAGCGACGCUUCUCAUCUCGCACCACCACCACCUCCACUGAUACCUGCUGCAGAAGCAGCAAGAGAGGCUUCGCAAAUGCCAGACGAAGAUGAAGCAAUGACGGGCAUCUCCAGCUCGGGCAGCGACGCCACUACGCAGGCAGACCGCGUCGGUCUUGCCACUUCUGGGGUGCCGUCAUCAGCAGUGCCGAGCUCAGCAAAUUCUGUGUAUGGCGGCUUGCUGUCUCAAGACGCGCCAGUGUUUGAGCCGACGGCAACAGGGCCGCAGCAGUCUGCGCUCGAUGCUGCUCUAGCGGCAGCAGGCAUAGCACACCCAAGCUCCACCUUCGACCCAAGCAUUCCGCUCGGAUCUUCAUCGUCCACCUUCAUGUCGACUUCGCCUUUCGAGCCUGCUACGCAUUGGCAGCAGGUCCGCUUCCUCUUGCCAGAACCUCUGGCGGUCAAUAAAGGCCAGCACGUUACGGGCACGCUCCAAUUCCAAGCGAACGAGCAUCGCAGCUACACCAUACGUGCCGAAGUUCGCGUCGGCCUGCCCGGGGCGGCGAUGGAUGAGUUGCUCGUGAGGAGGUGCACUUGGAGACUUCAAGCGCAGACCUAUGUAUGGAGCGUCGAGUCGUAG